AUGAAUGGAUCAUCAGAUAAAAAUAAUCCCACUCAAGAGGGACGCACGGAUCAAAGUUCUCCCGAGAAAAAGAAUCAAAUUGGACAGAAGCAACUGCAACAGAUAGAGCGGCAGCUAAAAUGCUUGGCAUUUCAAAACCCUGGACCACAGGUGGCUGACUUUAAUCCUGAAACAAGGCAGCAGAAAAAGAAAGCACGGAUGUCAAAGAUGAAUGAAUACUUUUCUGUAAAUCACAAAGUCAUGAAGAAAUAUGACAAAAGCGGCAGGCUGAUCUGCAAUGACGCAGACCUGUGUGACUGCCUGGAGAAGAACUGCCUGGGCUGCUUCUACCCCUGCCCCAGAUGCAACUCCACCAAGUGCGGGCCGGAGUGUCGCUGCAACCGCCGCUGGGUGUACGACGCCAUCGUCACCGAGUCCGGAGAGGUCAUCAGCUCGCUGCCCUUCGACAUUCCUGACUAG